UUUUCUAGUUUAAAACUAGACUAGUUAGAUCUAGACUAGUCUAAGUAGUAAGUAGCCCCUACUUACUUCACGAGAUAUGAACAACCAUCGUUUGACUCCGUUGUACAUCAUCAUGAUACCUUUAUAUAAAUGUUGGAUGAGUUGUAUGCAUGCAACAUUGCUGAGUUGUCUGUAGGGGAACCAGGGUGGUGAUUAGCACGAUAGGCCAGGUUUGAUUAGGCUGAGCCCCACCCCGACACAAUGUGUGGCCCGUGUUGAUGUUUUAAUUCAAGUCUCCCCAAUGAUCCACUAGGCUUGACCACUGGUCACUCUGCUGACCGUGCUUCACGAAUCUAUCAGGGGCGUCCACUUCAAGGUCCAGCAGCUGACCAAAAGGUACAAGCGAGCACCGGUCAGCAUGGAGCCCCUGUCUGCCGUAGUGCUGGACGUGUCCUACACCAAAGUACCUAAACUGACCCUCUCCAUGGUCCAGAUGCUGCUGCUCAACGCCGUGGUCUGCGGUGUGGAGAUUGUGGCCUGCGCUGGCUUCACGUACAUCCCUCCUAUGCUUCUCAAAGCUGGGUACUCCGAAGAAAACAUGGGAUUCCUCCUCGGGAUGGGCCCGCUGUUGGGGUUCAUUUUCGUCCCAGUGAUCGGCCGAGCUAGCGACAGGUGUUAUAGUCAGUUUGGCCGAAGACGGCCAUUUAUCCUCGGGUUGGCCGUCAUGCUAGUUUUCUCAUUAUACCUCAUCCCUUUUGGCGAAUACUUCGCCUCCUUGUUGGUGGGGGUGAACGCGUUUAGUAAAAAAAUUGGCCUGAUCGGAUUGACUUGUGGGGUGGUUCUGUUAGACUUCACCACCCAGGCCUCGCUCAUGCCUUGCGAAGCCCUGCUCAACGACGCCUCCAAAGACUCGGACCAGAAUGAAAAAAUUUUUACAAUCUACUCUCUGAUGAUCAGCUCGGGAGGGGUCAUCGGAUACCUCUUGACCGCCAUCGACUGGACUUCCACCCCUAUUGGGGAUUAUUUCGGCGGCCAAGAAGCAACGAUAUUUUCAAUCCUUAUCAUUGUUUUCACAUCCAUGUUAUCCGCAACGCUUAUGGUUGCUAAGGAAGUACCGUUAUCAAAUCCACAUGCCUCAUCUGACAUCUCCAGCGUCUCCAUCUCACCCGCAUCCAUCGCACCUAAACAACAAAUUGCUCAUGAAAGUGGAUACGAGUCCAGUAGCAAUUCUUCCGAGGAUGGACUUCUCUAUCCUGACCAGGGCAGCAGGACUAGAUCCCUCACAGACAACAAAAAAGGGAGAACUUUACGCUAUUUAAAAAGAUAUGUCGCGAAGAUGAGCUCAUACUUGCCACAGAGGGGCAGGUUCUGUAACAAUAUUUUGAGCUGCUUGUCGUGGCUGGGUAAACAGCUGUUGCCACGGCAACUGGUGCAGCUCUUCAAGGUUCCUGUUGUCCUGAGGCUGUUGGUGCUAGCUGACUACUGCGCUUGGACAGCCAUUAUGGGGUUUAACAUAUACUUCACUGACUACGUUGGGCAGAUUGUGUACGGAGGGAACCCUAACGCACCUCCCCUGAGCCCAGAGAGCCGCGCCUACGACGAGGGCGUGCGAGUGGCCAGCUGGGGUCUGCUCCUCCACUGCAUCUGCUCUGCUAUCUUCUCCGUGUUCUUCAUCGAGCGCCUGACCGUGUCCUACGGCUACAAGACGACCUUCACCCUGGGUAUGGUGACCUUUGUCUUCUCCAUGAUGGGGAUGGUCCUGAUCCGGCACAUCUACUUUGUCAACCUGAUGGCGGCGACCACUGGAUUUGGCUACUCCACCAUCACUACCAUCCCAUUUAUGCUGGUCUCCAAGUAUCAUGCUGAUAAAAAGAUCUAUUUUGCUGACCUACCGCCUGCUCUACUUUCCGACACCGAGCGAGGCAUCGGCGCCGACAUUGCCGUCCUGGACUGGUCAUACUUCCUGUCACAAGUUGUCAUGACGGCCGCCAUGGGCACCAUAGUCCACAUCACAGGCACGCUGGUGUCGUACAUGGUCACUGCCGGAACUAUGGGGGUCCUGUCUAUCUACUACAUUGGGAGGAUUGUCGAGAACGAGGCGCAGGCGCGGCGCUGUAUAGCGAGUCAAGGGAAUGCACGUGUUAGGGAUUCAUAAUGGCUGGUCAAGGGACUGGGGGUAUAAGUUUCUAGUUAUCAGAUUCAUUGGUUCAUGUGAUUCACAGGAUCGUGUAAUUCAGCCGAUGAUCCACUGGAUCAUGUGAUACAAUGAAUAAUGUGAUUCAUUGGAUUAUGAUCCACCGGAUCAUGUGAUACAGCAAAUCAUAUCAUUUAUUGGAUCAUGUGAUUCAUUUGAUCAUGUUAUCCAUCAAAUCAUGUGAUUCAAACUGUCAUUUGCAUACAGCCACGAGUGGUUAUGCAGUUGUUACUGUUGGAUAUAUAAAUAUAGUUGUUGAGAUAUAUUUGUGAUUUGUUUGUUGAUAUCUCCCCCAUCUACUGUUACAACAAAGGGACACAAGUGAUUUGUAAAAAUGAAAAUGAGAGUUCCUUGCCCAUGUCUUUAUUAUUGAAAGAAAGGCCUGGUUCAAUUUUGUAUGCGCUGAUAGAAUAUUUAAUAUCACUGCUAAAUACUUUUUGAUUAAUGUUGUCUUUCUUUAAAAAAAAAAAACUCAAACUAACCUAGUUUUUAACAAUAUGGAGAAAGUUUAAAAAACAUUGGGGGAAAAAUUUAAAUAAUAUUUCGUAAUUUUUAAAAUUAACGAUGUCUACCAAAUUUAAUAAAAAUAUUUUUUUAAAAGAUACAACUUCCAAACCAUCUUUUUAAAAAAAAAAACACAUCUCCCUGUUAGCUCUCUAAUAAAAGAGAUAAUUAAAACUGUUUCACAACUGGGAUUUUGUUUCCCUGUACAUAAAAGAGGGUCUGAUAUAUAUGUAUAUAUAUAAGUGUAUCUAGAGCAUUAUCUAUUUAUAUAUACGAGCAGUGAUUGUUGUUUGAUCAUCAUCUAUUUAUCAACAAGAUCUCUUCAAAAUAUUAAAUAUUAUUUUUGUGUUGUGGUUAAAAAAAUGUAGAGAAAAACACUAUGAAUUUUGUUCUAUUCCCCAGCUUUAUAAGCUGUUGUGAAAUGUUGUAGUCUUGUACCAUAUGCCAGCGACAUGAAAUUUUACACGUUAUUUCUGCUGAAAUAUUUAAGUUGCAUAGCCAAAGUGAAAAGUUUUAUUUCCUCUGGACACUUGUGGACUUGAUAUUAAAUCAUAUGUUAUGGUUACAUUUUCUCCAUUAUUUUCUAAGCAAUGUUUUAUUGUACUUGAUGGAAAAAGAUGCAUUUAUUCAAAGAAUAUAAUGUUAAUCCUGGUACAACAAGCUAUUAACCACUUCAUUAUAAAUAGGCUGGUUUUGCUCUCAAGAUUCCAGAAUUUAAUCCAGUUCUGUCUGUUUGGAUAACUUGAGUCCACUCAGCUUUAUUUAGUACCUGGUAUUUAUGUCAAAGGGCUCUUUAAUAUAAUUUUUUUUUAAAUUUCAUUUUGUAUACUAUUGUAACAAAGACAUAAACUUUCUUAUUUUGUAACAAAGUUUUUUCAUAUUUUUGUUAUAACGAAAGAUGAAUUCAGUUUUAUUUUUUUAUACAGUUAUAUAGUUAGGUAAAUUAGUUAUAAGUAUUAUUUUAUUCGUUGAGGUAGUCUUUCAUUUGUGCUGUCAAAAGUAGUGAAAUAAAAAAAAUUAGGGUUUUUAAAUAGAUAUUUUAUAACUUUUGUUUUUACGUUUAUUCUGGUUGUUUUGUUUGUUGUUUUGUUUUAAAUAAAAAACAAAGUGCCCAAAGUUUAAUCUACUGCACCUUCCUCUAGAAUUGUCCAUAUACAAGUUUUUGCAUUCAUUUGAAUUGGUUUUAAACAAAUUGUUUUAAAACAAAUGAUUUUGGAUGAAAGAUUUCUACAAUGUAUUUAAAAGGUCAAAAGUUCUACUAAUGGGUUAUACAAAUUCUUGUUUUGGGCAUUUUACUGAAUUCUUAAAUUUAAAUUUCUCACAAUCUCUUAAAGCUUUUUUAAAAUCUGUUUUAUAAAUUUACAGAAUUAUUUUAUUUUUUAAAUGAACUCAUAGCCUCCCUUGCUUAAAGUUAUUUUUACCAUAGUGUGCUUACUUACAAUUUUCUUCUAUAAAUAUUUUAUCUUCAGCCUUCAUCCUGUGUUCUUCUAUGUUUUAUUAAAUACAUAUAGAAAAAUAUAUUUACACCAUACAAAACUGUAAAUGCUUGCUACAUGAGGUUUUUAUUAUUCUGUUUCUACUUGAGUAUUAAAUUAUUAUUUCAAUGUCAAUAUUUUCAAUAUUUACAUAUGGGAUAUACAAAGGCAAAUACUGGGGUGUAUUAUAUAUAUAUAUACACAAUAACACACAUACAUACUGCGUUUUACUUUUCUUUUGUUUGGGUAUAGUGAACAUCAAGAGGGAGUACAUGGCCUGUAGUUUGAGAUUUAUUUGUGGUGUUAUUAAAAUAAAUGUGGGAUUGGAUUAAAAAGCAGCCAUUUAUUUUGUGUGUGCAUUCCUCUACACUUGCAAUAUCUGGAGCUGGGCUUAUUUCAUGUUCAUUUUUUUUUUCCUGCUCAUGCUUUUGUUUAAUAUUUAAUACUUAUGCACUAAACUGAACAGUAUUUUUAGUAAAGAAGUCCAAAAUCCUUUCAUGUUUUUAAGAAAUAAAAUGUUUACAUUUUUUAAUAGCUAUGUGGCUCAUUUUGCUGAUGGUUUUUAUAUUUUGCUUCUAUUUUUAUUAUUAUGGGUUUAUUUUAUUUUUUAUAGCUAAAAAGAUAUUUAAAAUAUAUAUAUAUAUAUAUAAAAUAAUAUUACUUUAUAAUCCUUGUUUGCAAUAAAACCAUUCCUUACCAAUGUCUAAUUUGAUAGGAUUUUUUAAUUCAAUUUUUGUGUUAGUCUAUAGAGGCUUGAUGAAAAAUUGUUUUGGACUUGUAUUUCAACGUUCUGUGUUCAGUCUGAAAAUAAACUACAUUCAUUUAAUUAAGAAAAGCUUUUGAUACAUUUUAGUAAUACUUUGGUUGAACUUAUUAUAAAAUCUUAAACUUCAUAUAAAAUGUAUGGCGCAGCAUUAAGAGUAACUUUUUUAAAAGACUAAAAAUAGUUUUAUAACUACAAAAAAUGUGUUAAUUUUCAUGCAGUUUUCUUGUUACCACCAAGAUAAGGGGAGGUAGUGAGAUGUUACUUGGUAUUAAACCUUAAGUACUUUUACACCCAUCUCUUUCAAAUCCAAUAUUCUUUUGCAUAAAAUGUUUUAAAUAUUUAAAAUAAAAAUAGAGUCCUAAUUCUUAAAGUCAAAUUGUCUGUGUUUUUAUGGUGAUCAAGCAAUACAACUACAAAUUUUACUUUGAAUUUCACCCUGUGUUAUAAUUGUUUUCCAACUUUUAUUUCAGUUGUUCAUCUUUGGUUUUUACCAUGGUAAAUGUGUAUGAAAAAAUAGAGGUUCUUUUUUUUGUUAUUUGACAUAAAACAUGUGCAAGAUGCUGACUCAGGGAUUGUUCAUCAAUUUUAACGAAUGAAUCUGGUAAUUAUUUCUAAUCAAAGAUAAAAUUGAUGUGAAAACAAUCUGCUAACACCAUAAAUGCAUACUGAUAAUUCCACAUGUCAUGUUUAUGCAUACUUUAUAGACAAAGCUUUUUAUAAUCCAUUGGUAAAGAAAUGGUUGCCCAUAAUCUGAGUAAAAAGAAAGCUGCAGUCUUCUCAAUUGGUUAUAUAUUUUCUUAAUGAGAAACUAAACACUUUUCUUAAUAAUGAAUGUAUUUCAAAACUUUUUUAUAGAAGCUUUUAAUACUAUAGGCAUUUGAUAAUCCUAAUGUGUUUGUUUCCAAUUAUGAAAUUGCUGGAAAAAGCCUUUGAACACGAUCAAAGACUCAUAUCAUUGUAUUAAAUUUAUAAAUGAAUCUCCUAAAAUAAUUCUUAUUUUGAUAUAAAAAAAAAAAUUUAAAAGUCAACACAUAAAAGUAUAAAUAUAGUGGGAAUAUAUUUUAAUUUUUUUUUUUACUAGUAGAACAUUUUAUUUUUUUAAAUUUUAUUUAUGCACACAAAAUAUUGUAUUUGCUAUUUAAUUUUACUUGUCAUUUUAUAUUUCAAAACUCCUGUCACUAAAAUUAUCUUAGAGUAUAAUUAAUAUUGGAGACUAUAAUGAAGAAUUUAAAAUGUCCCUAUAUAUAUAUAUCAAGGAAAGAAGUUAAAAAGGAAAUAAUUUUUAAAAAGCCAACAAUUUUCAACCAAUUUUUGGAAAGUAAAUUUUUAGAAAAAGCUUAUUUUAGAAUUUUAAUCAAUAUUAAUGUGUAGUCAACUAAUGCAUAAUUUUUGUCCAUUCAGUAUAUGUUUGAGAUUAGUCGUCAUGUUCUCCUUUCAUCAUUUGACUUUUUAACCAAAAUUCUGUCUUCCUAAAGUUACAAUCACAUUUACAAACAAAAUAUUCUAGCUGGUUUUAUAAAGCAGAAUAAUAAAUAUAUAUUGUAAUCGUGAAAUUUUAGAAUGGUUUAUAUACACUUAUUUCAAUUUGGGUACUUUUGGUGCUGUCCUAAUAGCUAUUUAAAUCAUUUUGUCAUUAAAAUAUAAUAUAAUGUCCUUUUUUUUUUGUCCAUUAAACUGAAUAACAUGUAAAAAUUUGAUCCUCUUGAUAUUUUAAUGAUGUACGAAGUCGUCACAAUUUCCAAGCUAUGUGUGUUCAUUGUUAUGUUGUGCUUCCUCGUUAUAUUUCAAACUGUAUGAAAUUUACGACACUGGGUAAUUUAAAGGGACAUGACUGGUGGUUUAAGUGUAAAUUGUAUGACUAUCAUACGUUGUAUAUUUUAUUUGGGGCUAUUUCCUUCAACAGCUUUCUUGUUGAAAUAUUAAAUGUGUUGUUAUUCAUCAUAUUUUGAAAUUAUUUUUAUUUUGCUAUUAUUUUUAUUUUUUAAGUAUUUAAAAGUUACUACCAAAUUUGUUCUACACAAAUUUAAAAACAAAAUGUUGCAAAUGUUUAAAAGAAAAUUGACCAGUGUUUGGUAUUCAGAAUUUUCAUUUAGAAAAUAUAAAUAAUGACUGAAUAAAUAUCCGAUUAAUAGAUCUAUGUGUUGUGGUUUUGUAAUCCUCGUAUGGUGUCAAUGUCAUGACAAUCUAAUUUAAUUUUGUUGAGUCUGCUGUUUUGACAUUUUGAAUUCAAUGAAAAAUAAAGAGAUUUUAUUUCA